CUCAGCGAGGUAACUUUAAACACACAGGCUCACAGGAAAACCCGUGCUGCCCGGACGCUCAGCACCGCAGCUCCCUGCGCCACUCCUGGAAAAUAAUGACUUGGGUAAGGAACGGUUAAUAAGAAAAUGUGUCUCGCUAACCGUGUACAGCACAACAAAGAGCUGGCAGCCCCUGAAGGAAAAGGGCUUGUGCGGCUGCCGUUCAAACUUGUCAGUCAACUCGUGCCAGCAGCCUCAGCGUCUGCCUCCCCAGCGCACCCUCAUUACAUGUGUCUGUCUGGCCUCAUCUGUGCAUGGGCUCCGAGCCGCUCCUGACAGUUCAGAAUUCUCUUCCUUUCUCCCUGCUGCAAAGAGCGGAUUUCUCUCCGCGUCUCUUCUGUCAUCUCCAGCUUCUCUCCCCAAGGACGCGCCUUGAUUUAUGGUAGCUUUGGACUUCCUUCAGCGUCUGCCUGUCCUUGACUUCUAGAAUGGAAGAAGCGGAGCUGGUGAAGGGAAGACUGCAGGCCAUCACGGACAAAAGAAAGAUACAGGAAGAAAUCUCACAGAAGCGUCUGAAAAUAGAGGAAGAAAAAUUGAAACACCAACAUCUGAAGAAAAAAGCCCUGAGGGAGAAAUGGCUCCUGGAUGGAAUCGGCAGUGGAAAAGAACACGAAGAGAUGAAGAAACAAAAUCAACAAGACCAGCACCAGACCCAGGUUCUAGAGCAAAGCAUCCUCAGGCUUGAGAAAGAGAUCCAAGAUCUUGAAAAGGCUGAGCUGCAAAUCUCAGCCAAUGAAGAGGCAAUUCUAAAGAAGCUAAAGUCGAUCGAGAAGACCACAGAAGACAUAAUAAGAUCCGUGAAGGUGGAAAAGGAAGAAAGCCCAGAAGAGUCAAUCGAGGACAUCUAUGCUAAUAUCCCUGACCUUCCAAGUUCCUACAUACCUUCCCGAUUAAGAAAGGAAAGAAACGAAGGACCAGAUGACGAACAAAACAGAAAAGCUUUGUAUGCUAUGGAAAUUAAAGUUGAAAAAGAUUUGAAGACAGGAGAGAGCGUAGUUCUUUCUUCAAUACCGCUCCCAUCCGAUGACUUUAAAAGUACAGGAAUAAAGGUGUAUGAGGACCGGCAGAAAUCAGUCUACGCAGUUAGCUCCAAUCGGAACACAACCUACAACGGCACCGACGGCCUCGCACCUGUUGAAGUGGAGGAUCUCCUAAGACAAGCCUCAGAGAGGAACUCUAAAUCGCCCACAGAGUACCAUGAGCCUGUGUAUGCCAAUCCUUUUUGCAGGCCUAUGACCCCACAGAGAGAAAGAGUUAUAAGCCCUGGACCAAACUUUCAAGAAAGGAUAAUGAUGAAAACUAACGGACUGGGCAACCAUGCAAAUGAAUCUGCACACAGUAUGACGGACGGGCUCUCAGAGAGGAGAAGCAAUGGUCCCACUCACGCCAGCCCCACUCAACCAACACCUCAGCCCCGAUCAAAGGUUCAGCAAGUGGAAGAGAUGGUCCACACCCAACAAAAGAGGAUGGCAAGUCCUUGGGAAGAAUCCAGCAACAGGCAGAACGAACACGAAGUUUCUCCAAAGAUGGAACUGAGCCCCAGCAGAGCAAGCCCUGGGAAAUCAGGACCCCAGUGUUCUUCACCCACUUGCCAGGAGGAGACAGAAGAUGUCAGAUAUAACAUCGUUCAUUCCCUGCCUUCUGAUGUGGAUGACACAGAACCCGUAACAAUGAUUUUCAUGGGGUAUCAGCAGGCAGAUGAUAAUGAGGAAGAAAAGAAGCUUUUGACAGGCUACGACGGGGUCAUCCACGCUGAGCUUGUUGUGAUUGAUGACGAGGCGGAGGAUAAUGAAGGACAAGCCGAGAAGCCAUCCUACCAUCCCGUAGCUCCCUGCAGUCAGGUUUACCAGCCAGCCAAACCAACCCCACUUCCUAGAAAGAGAGCGGAAGUUCGUCCGUAUGAAAACACAAACCAUAAAUCUCCUCACAAAAAUUCCAUGUCUCUGAAAGAGCAAGAGGAACGCUUAGGCAGCCCUGCCCAUCACUGUCCCCUGGAUGUCCCAGUAGCUGGAGAUGGGACUGAGGAUCCUUCUUUAACAGCUUUAAGGAUAAGAAUGGCCAAGCUGGGGAAAAAGGUGAUCUGAGAGCCGUGGUGCCCACCUGAAGGAGAAGCCAAGAAAUGCCUGAAAACUUCUCUUCUGAAUUCUUUUAUUUCUUGUCCCUAAAGUCCAAAACUAUAUAAUUAUAUGCAUAGUAAUCCACAUAGAUAAAUAGUAGUCAUUAUUUAGGGGGGAAUCCCCCCUCAAAAAGAGCUGGGACAACAAAUGCUAACUUUUCCAGUUACUUGAUAUGACUCAGUGGGGUCGGGGGAACCAGUAUAUUUUUAUUGUAUUGAUACCAAAGCAUUUCUAAUAAGAGCUUGUUAAAUUUAAGAAUAAAGUUAUUUAAAAUACCUUGACUAUCUUAA